AGCAGUUGAGUGUAAAAUGGCUGAAGCAAUGUCAAGUAAGCAGGAUAUUUUAAUGUGCUCUAUUUGCUUGGAUCUACUGAAGGAUCCAGUGACUCUUCACUGUGGACACAAUUACUGUUCGGGCUGCAUUAACGGCUGUUGGGAUCAGGAAGAUGAGAAGGGAGUCUACAGCUGUCCACAGUGUAGACACACUUUCACUGCGAGACCAGUUUUGAAAAGGAAUAAUGUUAUGGCCGAGCUUGUGGAAGAAAUGAGGAAGACUACAAUUCAACCUGAUACUCCCGCUGACCAUGGAGAUGUGGAUUGUGAUGUUUGCUCCGGGAGAAAACUCAAGGCUGUGAAGUCCUGUCUGGAUUGUCUGCUGUCAUAUUGUGAAACUCACUACAAGGCUCACAAUGACCUUAACCCGGGUAGAAAUCAUGCGGUAGUCGAUGCCACUGGUCAUCUGCAGGAAAGGAUUUGUCCUCGUCAUAAAAAGGUUAUUGAAGUCUUUUGUCGUACUGACCAGAGCUGCAUCUGUUAUUUGUGCACAAUGAACCAACAUAAAGGCCAUGACACCAUUGCUGCCACAGAAGAGUGUGGUGAAAGAAAGGAAAGCUUGGGUAAGAUCGAGAAGAGGUGCCAACAGACAAUCCAGAAGAGAGAGAAGAAGGUUCAGGAGCUGAGGAGAGCAGUUGAGACUCUGAAGAGCUCAGCACAGUCUGCAGUGGAACACAGUGACCAGAUGUUUGAUGACAUCAUUCGCUCUGUUGAGAGAAGGCGCUCUGAGGUGACAGAGCUGAUCAGAGCUCAGGAGAAGGCUGAGGUGAGUCGGGCUGAAGGACUUCUGAAACGACUGGAGCAGGAGAUCUCUGAGCUGAAGAAGAGAGUUGCUGAGAUGGAGAAGCUUUCACACACACAGGAUCACAUCCAUUUCCUCAAGAAUGUAGGCUCCAUCUCUGAUAUUCCUAAAAGUGUGAUUCCAACCAACAUGAUCCUCAGCCACCCAUACCUCUCCUUUGAGCCGGUGAAAACAUCUGUCUCUGCACUGAAGACGCAGCUGGAGGAAAAAAUAGAUUCGAUCUUUAAGCAGGAAGCAGCCAAAAUAUCUGCAGCAGUGUCUGAAGUGCAGGCCGUUAUGACUGAACCAGUGACCAGAGAGGACUUCUUACAGUAUUACUACCGCUUCACACUGGAUCCAAACACUGCACACAGAGACCUCCAUCUGUCUGAGGGGAACAGGAAGGUGGAGAUGAGAGAUGAUGCCCCCCAGUCAUAUCCAGACCAUCCAGAGAGAUUUGAUGGCUACUGUCAGGUGCUGUGUAGAGAAGGUGUGUCUGGACGUUCCUACUGGGAAGUUGAGUGGAGUGGUCAAUGGGUUAAUUUAGCCGUGUCAUACAAAACUAUAAGCAGAAAAGGAAUACAUUAUAACUGUUGGUUUGGAAACAAUGGCAAGUCCUGGAGACUUGCUAGUGACUCCAAAGAGACAUUGUUGUUCCACAAUGGUAAAUGCACUGACCUCCUUGUAGUGGCCAGCUCCAGAGUAGGAGUGUAUGUGGACCACAGGGCAGGCACUCUGGCCUUCUACAGCAUCUCUGACUCCAUGACGCUCCUGCACAAAGUCCAGACCACAUUCUCUCACACACUCUACCCAGGGUUUCGGUUACCAGACGGGUCAUCGUUGAAGUUCUUGUGA